GUUGGUUUGCCGGGCGCAGUUAGUUGUGGGGCACUUCGGGGCUGCUCCCAGAGCGACUAGUUGCCAUCGCGUUACUUUUACCCCUAGAGCUGUACUUUUUUAAAAAAAUUAUUUAUUUUUUUAAACCUCCAAACUUAGUUUUCUUCCUUUUUUUUUUAUUGUUUGGUUGUUUUUUUGUUUUUUUUUUUUUUGUGGUUUGAUUUUUAUUUUUAUUCCUCCCCGCCCCGUUUGCUUUAAUUUCAUUUUUUUGCACCGCAACUUCCCUGCCGCGGCAGCGCGAGGAGGAGGAGGAGGAGGAGGCGAGAUGUGGCGGAAGGCGUUCCUGGCUGUCCUGCUGCCCUGGAUGGCUGCUCUCGGCAGGGCUCCGGCCGCCCGCGCUGAGACCAAUUUUGAGGGAAUUGAGAGCAAGUUUUCCUUACGGACGCCUGCAGAGCCUGAUGAAGAUGUCUGCUACCUGGUUCCUGGGCAGGUGAACAGCCUGGCACAGUGCAACUUUAACCAUACCAGUAAAACCUUCGUGGUGAUCCAUGGCUGGACGGUGACAGGAAUGUAUGAAAGUUGGGUCCCGAAGCUGGUGGAUGCCCUGUACAAGAGAGAACCUGAUUCAAAUGUCAUUGUGGUGGACUGGCUAGUUCGAGCUCAGCAGCACUACCCGGUGUCAGCUGCAUACACCAAGCUGGUGGGAAAGGAUGUUGCUAGGUUUAUUGACUGGAUGGAGGAGCAAUUCAAUUAUCCUCUCAACAAUGUCCACUUGCUGGGGUACAGUCUAGGUGCUCAUGCUGCUGGGGUUGCUGGGAGCCUGACCAAGAAGAAGGUGAACAGAAUUACUGGGCUGGAUCCAGCUGGUCCUACCUUUGAGUAUGCUGAUGCCCUCACCCGCCUCUCCCCGGAUGAUGCUGACUUUGUGGAUGUCCUACACACCUAUACUAGAGGCUCUCCAGACCGCAGCAUUGGGAUCCAGAAGCCUGUUGGACACAUUGAUAUUUAUCCUAAUGGUGGAGGUUUCCAGCCAGGCUGCAACCUGGGAGAAGCACUCCGUCUGAUUGCUGAGAAAGGCUUUGCAGAUGUGGAUCAGUUGGUGAAAUGCUCUCAUGAACGAUCCAUCCACCUCUUCAUUGACUCUCUCCUGUAUGAAGAAAAGCCCAGCAUGGCCUACCGUUGCAACACAAAGGAAGCUUUUGAGAAGGGUCUUUGCCUGAGCUGCCGGAAGAACCGCUGCAACAAUUUGGGUUACAAGGUCAACAGAGUGAGAACAAAGAGAAACACCAAAAUGUAUUUGAAGACCCGUGCUCAAAUGCCCUAUAAAGUCUUUCAUUACCAGGUCAAGAUCCAUUUCUUUGGAAACACUAUUACGACCAAGACAAACCAGCCAUUCCUCAUCUCCCUCUAUGGCACUCUAGAUGAGAGUGAGAACAUUGCAUUCACACUGCCAGAAGUCUCCACAAACAAGACCUUCUCCUUCCUGAUUUACACAGAAGUGGACAUUGGUGACCUGCUUAUGCUGAAGCUGCAGUGGGAGAAAGAUACCUUCUUCAGCUGGUCAGACUGGUGGACUCCUUUUACCUUUGACAUCCAGAGAGUCAGAGUGAAGUCAGGAGAAACUCAGAAAAAGGUGGUGUUCUGCUCUCGAAAUGGCACCUCGCAUCUCAGUAAGGGAGAAGAGGCAGCAAUAUUUGUGAAAUGCUUGGACCAGCCUGUCAGCAGGAAAAAAGGAGGUGCCAAGAAGGCCUCUAAAGAAAAUUCUGCUCAUGAAUAUGCUUAAGUGACAAGAAUGAAGAUUUUUCCAAAGUGGGGAGGAGGAGAAAGUCUGUUCAUCCCCAUGGACUGGAUGUUCAGAACCAAAUAUAUAGAAAUAUUUAUCCACUGCUGGCUUUUUGACUUCUAUUCCUAGCUGUCUUAGGAGACUUCUUGUAAGGAAGCCUCAGCAUACAAAGUUACUAACAAAGAUAAAUUAGCCAAAUAGUUAAAAAGAAACUUGCAAAACAACUUGCCAAAGGCUUGAGUGCUGGGAAGGAGUAAGUAAUUCUGCUUAAUCAUGGUGCCUUGUGACAAGGUUUCUUGACAUCAAACCCUCUAUAGCCAUUUUCUAGUAUUUAUUGAAAAGAAGCUAAGCCCUAUACCUGGCUUUUCUUUCUUUUCAGGAGUCUUCUGAAACUGGACAUGGUUUUUUUCUGGCUUGGCUAACUGAAUUUUUAGGCAGUUCAGUGGCUAGAGCUUAUUGUCUUCAAGUGUGUGUUUAACAAAUGAGUAGGUUUCUAAUGUGAAAAAAACAUGUUUGCUGUGUAUAUUACUAAAAGGUGUCAGGGACUGACUUAAGGGGAUGAAUUUUCUAGUUUGUGGUUAUGAAUGUGUUUUACUGGGGGUAGAUGCCAGUGGUGCUUAGCAAUAGGUAUGAUCUGUUAAGCUAUAUAUGUCUAUGCAGCUUACCCUGGAAUAAAUAGCAGUUGUAGGAGAAAACAGCAAUACCAGUAUCCUAUGUAGACAUCCAGCUUUACAUCUCUGCUUUCAUUCCUUGAAAACAAACCCAACACUGUUUGAAUGAGGAACUGAAAAGGAAUUGAGCUAUCAGAAACUGCAAGAAACAUUUUUUUUCCUUCCCCCACACCACCUGCUUACAUCCUGUGUACCCAAAUUGUGACAGUUUCUCUGCUCUUUGACACCAGAUGUCUGUCAUGCAGCUGAGUGACUGCUGUAUGCAGUCUUUGUGCAAGUGAAUCUACUUGACAGGUGACAAACAUGCUCAGGCUUCCCUGUACUGGAAUUGUGACUGGCAUUGACCCUCCUCAGUUUAUUCCUUGGCUGUGACAUAGCACUAGAUUCUAGGAGCUCCUUGGGUUUCUCACAUGAGGUGGAAUUCAGCAGAGAGCAGGAACAGUGACAAUUAAAAGGUGGCAGGUUGUGUGAUGCAAAACAAAGAAUGCUCUGAAAAGCACUUGAAUUAGAUGUGCAGUAAGUUGCCAAAUAUAUAUAUUGAAGGUAUUUUGCUUCCCUUUUUUAAAGCAAUGUGUAAUUUUUCUAGUGCUCUGAGAGAUUCAAUAGCCCUCAUUUGCCUUUAUAGAAGAUAAAGUGACCAGGGAGGCAGAGGGACUUGAAGGUGGACACUUAGAAAAGUGUGAUGAGAGCAAUGGGUGCUGGUUUUUGUAGUGUUUUCCUGCAUGUGCAAGACAGUGUGCAGGUGUUGAUUUCUCCAUAUCAUUCCAUCCUGAAAGCAAAACCAACAGGUAUGCAUUUAUGUGCACAGUUUGUGCAUAUUCCAGCUGUGGCUGCUAGUAUAUUUGGGGAUAAAAGUCUUAACAGUGCAAUAAGUUGGAAUAUUAAUAACUCUGGAAUUGCUUACAUUUGAUUUCCUAACGCUUAAACUACAGCAGAGAUGUGAUGAGUCACUGAGGGUGGGGUUGACUAUUGAGCCACUGGAUUUGAGACCUCUAAAAAUAAAUAUUAUUUUUUCCCCAUAGAAUUCACAUUUUGUUGCAAUUUUCUCUUAAGAGUUCUUUGGAAAUAAAGUGUCUGAAUAGGUGUGCUCUUAAUAGAGGAUCAAAUACAAACACAUACAGAACUUGGAUACAAAAUAGUGAAGGUUCUUGUACAUGAGGACACAUGAUUUAGCUUUGGAUGUUAUUUAUUAGCUGUAUAUAAGAUGUUUAUGUGUGUAAAGGUAGUUUGUAUAUAUUGCUAAAGUUGCUGACAGUCUCUACAUUAAUACAGUUGUAUUAAUCCUGUAUAUUGCUUUCAAAGAUUUUUAUCAACAAACCACUUACAUUCAUUAUUUCUUAUGUGGUUGAUACAUUUUUUUAAGGAAGGAAGCUCCUCAGUUUUGUACAGAAUGGAAACUUAUGGUUUUAAUAAAAUUCUCGAACUGAUGCCAAA